AAUACUCAAAGUCCUGGUGGCAAGAAAUCAGAAUAACCGAACAAAAUGGAUUUGGGUUAUGCUUCAGCAAGGGAAAGACCUCAUGCAGUGUUUGUUCCCUACCCAUCUCAAGGCCAUGUCACACCCAUCAUGCACCUGGCCAAGCUCCUCCACUCCAGGGGCUUCCACGUCACCGUCGUCAACACCGAGCACAACCACCGGCGCUUGAUCCGGUCCCAUGGGCCGGACUCCGUGAAGGGCCUGCCCGACUUCCGCUUUGAGGCCAUCCCCGACGGGUUGCCGCCGUCCGACAGCGACGCCACCCAGGACGUCCCCUCGCUCUGCGACUCGGUAAGGAAGAACUGCCUUGGCCCGUUCCGGGAACUCCUAGCGAGGUUGAACUCGUCCGAGGACGUCCCUCGAGUGAGCUGCGUGAUCUCGGACGGCGUCAUGAGCUUCGCCAUCGAGGCGGCCCAGGAAAUUGGAGUUCCUGAGGUUCAGCUCUGGACUGCCUCUGCUUGCAGCUUCAUGGCUUAUUUGCACUACAGAGAACUUGUCAGGAGAGGGAUAUUCCCAUUCAAAGAUGAGAACUUCCUCAGCGAUGGCACACUGGACACGCCUAUAGAUUGGAUACCCGGCAUGAGAAACAUCCGGCUGAAAGACAUCCCCAGCCACAUCAGAACAACCGACCCCGACAGCAUCAUGUUUGAUUUCAUGGGGGAAGAAUCUCAGAACUGCCUAAGAUCCUCGGCCAUUGCUUUCAAUACGUUCGAUGCCUUCGAGCGCGAGGUCCUAGAUGCAAUCGCCGUCAAAUUCCCCUCCAUAUACACCAUCGGCCCGCUUUCUCUGAUGGUGACUCGCCACGAGGAGGAGGAGACCGAAUCCAAAUCCAUGAAGUCGAGCCUGUGGAAGGAGGACACAGAAUGCCUGCGAUGGCUCGACGAAAGAGAACCCAAUUCAGUGGUAUACGUGAACUACGGCAGUGUGACAGUUAUGUCGGGGAAGCAUCUGGAGGAGUUCGCCUGGGGGCUGGCGAACAGCAACCACCCUUUUAUCUGGAUCGUCCGGCCCGACAUCGUGAGGGGCGAGCCAGCAACAACCCUGCCCCGGGAGUUCCUGGACGGGAUUAGGGGCAGGGGAAUGCUGGCGAGCUGGUGCCUGCAGAACAAGGUGCUGAACCACCCUUCGGUAGGGGCAUUCUUGACGCACUGCGGAUGGAACUCGAUGCUGGAGAGCGUGAGCGCAGGAAUGCCGGUGCUGUGCUGGCCAUUUUUUGCCGAUCAGCAGACGAAUUGCCGGUACGCCUGCACUGAGUGGGGGAUCGGAAUGGAGGUUGAUCACGAGGUGAGGAGGGAGGAGAUUGAGGGGCUGGUGAGGCGAGUGAUGGAAGGUGAAGAAGGGAAGAGGAUGAGGGAGAGAGCUCGGCACUGGAAGGGAGAAGCUGAAGCUGCAACUUCUGUUGGCGGGUCAUCAUAUGACAACUUCGAAAGGCUUCUUGAGGAACCUCUUGCGUUCAAGAAAGGAGACCCUGCCUAGAAUCAAAGGCCCUCUUGGGUUUAUUGUGCUUGAAUUUUUGUAAUUCAG